AUGUUUGGUGUUUUUAGGGCAAUUUUUCAUGGGUGGCCAAACACAUAUUCCUUUACAAAGGCAAUGGGAGAGAUGCUUUUAGUACACUAUAAGGAAGAUCUACAACUUGUUAUAAUACGUCCUACGAUUAUUACUAGCACUUAUAAAGAGCCAUUUCCGGGAUGGAUUGAAGGAGUGAAAACAGUGGAUUCCUUUAUUUUAGCAUAUGGUAAAGGAGUAAUGAAUUUUUGCUUUGGUGACCCAAAUACAAUACUUGAUAUGAUUCCAGGUGAUAUGGUAGUGAACUCGAUACUUGCCUCAAUUAUAGCACAUAUUGGAAAUGAUCAAUAUUACCCUUCUCAAGAAUUAAUAUAUCAUAUAAGUUCUUCGAAAAUAAAUCCCAUAAAAUCUUUAGAUAUUCAAUCAUUUUUAUUUCAUUACUUCACAAAAAAUCCAUGGAUGAACAAAGAUGGAAAAAUUAUCAAAGUGGGGAAGCAUACACUAUUUAGCAGCAUGGAUAACUUUCGAAAAUACAUUUCAACCUAUUAUUGGCCAUUGUUAAAGAUAGUAGAGUUGGCAAAUAUAUUAUCAUGGCGUCGUUUUGACAAAACCUACAAGGAUUUGAAAAGGAAGAUUGAUAUGGCUAUACGAUUAUCUGAACUAUACAAACCUUACUUGCUUUUCCAUGGAAGCUUUGAUGAUGCUAAUACUGAGAAAUUGAGAAUGGCAAUGAAAGAACACAAGAUGGAUGAUGUGCUCAACUUUGAUCCAAGUUGCAUUAAUUGGGAAGAUUAUUUUAUGAACACUCACCUUCCUGGAGCUGUUAAUCACAUUUUCUAG